CCCGGAUGUGGCGCAGGUUGUGUUGACAUCAGAUCGGCGGUGAUCAUCACCGGAUCAUGCCCGUGUUUCUGUGAGUGGAAGCGGCGGUCGGUCGGUAAACGGUGCUCAGGUGACCAGCGUGUGUUUUCUCUGCUCUGGAUUGUGUUCUCUUCAUCUCGAUGUGUGUGUCCUGAGUCAGUUGUGUAGUUGUGUGGUAUCGUGAUCAUGGCGAGUAAAGCAGGAGAUGAUCCGGACAGCCUGAUGUCUCUCUGCACUGAGUUCUGCCUGAGGAACCUGCGCAGGACCAUGUGCUACAGCGGAGAGCGGAACCGGCUGAGUCUGCGGCCCGACGUCUUCCUGCCCAGUGAGAUCUGCGACCGCCUGGUCAACGCGUAUAUGGAUUUGGUGCACACAGACAGUGAGUUUGAGCCGCAGGACGGCUUCUUCCAGCUGUUCAGUGACCCGUGCAGCACCAGACUCACACACCUGACUCUGAGGGAGGAUCUGCUGCGGGACCGAGACCUGGAGGCCAUCAGCAAACAGGACCUGAUAGAGCUGCACCUGACGGACUGCAGUCGUCUGUCGUCUCGAGCUCUGCGUACGCUCUCUAGCUUCAGACACACACUGCUGUCUCUCAGUCUGUUCGGCUGCUCCGGCAUCUUCUUCCGCAAGAGCGCCGCCCCGCUGGCGUCCGGCGAGCAGGACGAGGAGGACGAGGACCCGCUGGAGGAGCGGCUGCAGAUGCUGGAUGUGGACUUCAGCUUCCAGGGCUUCAGUCGUCUGCGUGUGCUGAAUGUGGGCGGUCUGCCGGCGGAGCUGGACGUGGAGGCGCUGCUGCAGCCGCUGCCCGCUCUCACUGCGCUGGAUCUCUCUGCCGCCCGGCUGCCCAGACCGGCGUUCCUGCAGCAGUGGAGCGACCGCAUGGCCUCGCUGGUGCUGUAUAAUGUGGAGCUGACGGACGAGCUCAUACACACACUGCUGCAGAUGACCAGACUCAGGCAUCUGGACAUCUCUCGAGAGAAUCAGAGGACGUCUAAGUUCAAGAUGUCGAGGCGUGUGCUGAGCAGUCUGGUGCAGACGCUGGUGCAGCUGGUGUCUCUGGACAUCUCUGGACACAUCAUGCUGGACAACUGCACUGUCACACCCAUGCAGGAGGCGCUGGGACGACCCAGCACGGAGCCCAGUAAGAGCAGUAUUUACCCCUUUAAGGAGCUGAAGAGGCCUCUGCAGUUCUUGGGCCUGUACAACACAACACUCUGCAACGUCACACACAUACCUGCGUAUAAGGUCACCGGCUCUAAGAAUGAGGAUCAGAUUCUGAAUGCGAUCGAGGCCUACACAGAGCAGAGGCCCGAGCUCGCACACAGAGCCAUAAACCAGCUGUUCGACAUCGCCAGAAUCCAGCACUGCAGUCAGCUGCUGCGCGCACUACAGCUGGUGAUCACGGCGCUGAAGACUCAUAAGUAUGAUAAGAGUAUCCAGGUGACGGGCAGCGCGGCGCUGUUCUACCUCACCAACACUGAGUACCGCGGUGAGCAGAGCGUGCGGCUGCGCAGGCAGGUCAUACAGGUGGUGCUCAACGGCAUGGAGCAUUACCAGGAGGUCACGGUGCAGAGGAACUGCUGCCUGACGCUGUGUAACUUCAGUAUCCCGGAGGAGCUGGAGUUUCAGUACCGGCGUGUGAAUCUGCUGCUGCUGAAGAUCCUGGAGCCGCUGCGUCAGGACGAGUCCAUCCAGCGCAUCGCUGUACACCUGUGCAACGCUCUGGUCUGUCAGGUGGACAACGACCACAAGGAGGCGGUGGGGAAGAUGGGCUUUGUCAAGACGAUGCUGAAUCUGAUCCAGAAGAAGCUGCAGGACCGAAUGUGUGAUCAGGUGAUGGAGUUCUCCUGGAGUGCGCUCUGGAACAUCACAGACGAGACUCCUGAUAACUGUCAGAUGUUUCUGGAGUGUAACGGCAUGAACCUGUUCCUGGAGUGUCUGAAGGAGUUUCCUGAUAAACAGGAGCUGCACCGCAACAUGCUGGGGCUGCUGGGUAAUGUGGCGGAGGUGAAGGCGCUGAGACCACAGCUGCUGACCAGACAGUUCAUCACCGUCUUCAGUGAUCUGCUGGACAGUAAAGCGGACGGGAUCGAGGUCUCCUAUAACGCCUGUGGUGUUCUCUCACACAUCAUGUUUGACGGGCCGGGGGUCUGGAGUAUGGAGGAGCCCAGCAGGACACACGUGAUGGACAAGAUGUGGACGGCCAUCCAGAGCUGGGACGUGAGCUCGCGGAGGAACAUCAACUACAGAUCCUUCGAGCCCAUCCUCCGUCUCCUCCCUCAGAGCGGGGCUCCGGUCAGUCAGCACUGGGCCACGUGGGCGCUCUACAACCUGGUGUCGGUUUACCCCAGUAAAUACUGCCCUCUGCUGAUCAAGGAGGGAGGUGUCUCUCUGCUACAGACAGUGCUGGAGCUGCAGACCUCUCAUGUGGAGACCAAGGACAUGGCACGGAAAGUGAUGGAGCAGUGUGAGAGCUUUAAGGAGGACCCGAUGGACACCAGCAGGUAAAGCGAGAGAAACACCUGCGUGAGGAUCUUCACUGUCGGACAGCAGCGUUCAGGAGGAACACACUCCAGAACACACUACAGUGAGCCCAGCAGAGUGUGUGUGUGUGAGCGCGUAUGUGUGUGUGUGUGUGUGUGUGCGUGUGUGUGUGUGUGUGUGUUGGGCGCCUUUCUGUGUUGCACAUGGGCCGCAGCAAAAGCGGCGAUAUCUAGGGGUGUUUUUCUUUGUUUUUCUUUGUUAAUGUGCCCAGCGUGUGUGUGUGUGUGUGUGUGUGUGUGUGUGUGUGUGUGUGUGAGAGAGAUGGUUCAUCAGAGACACAGGAUGUGUGCAGAUAUGUGUGUGUGUGUGUGUGUGUGUGUCCAGUAUAAGCUUGAUGAAUCUCCUCAUGGUUCUGCUCUCUGUGAUCAUCAAUCGACUGAUCGAUCAGUGUGAUCAGAAGCGCUGGCGGCCAUCAGGAGCGUUCUUCUCUCAAUGUUCUCUGGACGUUUUCUGAACAUUGUCAGGAUAUUUUCUGGAGGUUUUCUAAGCGUUGUUGUGAUGUUCUCUGGAUGCUCUAAGCUGUUUUCUGGACGUUCUCUGGAUGUUCUGAUGUAAACACUCCUGUGAAGACUGACAGCAGCGGAGGCUUCAUCAGUACAGUGGUUCUCUGCUCUUCUGGAGCUCCUCUUUCUCCUGCGUUGUAUUUUUAAUCCUCAUAUCCUCUUUUAUUUGGGCUCUCCUGAAGGUGGCGGAGCGGCGCGAGCGCUCAGAUCUGCUUUUAUCUGCUGUUCAAUGUGCCGCCUGUUUUUCUACACCGCUCUGAACUGCAAUAAACCCCUGAUGUACUGAAGUCAGACGUCCACACAACACUGGCUGUAAAGAGAGAUGAUUAUUCAUGAUGAUGAUAAUAAUAAUAAUAGUUGUCAAACACUCUG